UCAUCAACAGCAGCAGACAGCGAGACGGUCCAGAGGAGCUCGGAGCGGAACGCUGCGAUGAUGGCGACCACCAAACCGGCUCUCUUGCGUUCAAUUUGAUCCAGAAAAACGUUCAGAGAAGCUCUUCUGAAAUGGAAGGCCUCGUUUUUCCGGACCACGAGCAGCUCCUGCAGUUUCUGAGGAGGCUGAAGGAGGUUUUCGACGUCUGUGACGAGGAUGCUGACGGCUUCAUCCGGGUGGAGCACCUUGUGGAUCUUGGGCUACAGUUCGAUCAAGGAGACGAGGUGAAGAAGUUGACUAAACAUCUGUGUCCCAACGCUCAUGGGAAAAUUAACUUCAAAGACUUUUGCCAAGCAGUAUUUGCUAUCAAAGGGUGUGAGGAGAUUUUAAAGAUGGCCGUAGUUCCCCAGAGUCUUACUUCCCGCCAACAGUCUGUCACAGAUAAUGGUUAUAUUUACCAGAACAGUGAAGCAAAGCGCGGUCCUCCCUGUAUCACAUGUACACAGUCAUACCCGGAGUGUGACAUGGACAGCAGCAGUGAUCACAGCUCCAACUCUCUGCAUGCACCACAACACAACAGACUCCUGGUGGGAUCAGCGUCGGCAGCUGUCAUUGCUAAGGAGGAGCAGUUUGAGGACUACGGUGAGGGGGUGGAUGUGGAUUUUACUCCCAGCAGCCCCUGCCCUGGAGAGGAGAGCCGGACAAAUGGUUUCUCAGACCUCGGUUCAUCACUUCCCUCUAGUGAGGGACAGACUCCUCAAAAAAUCCAGCACCUGUCCAACAGUGACCUGCUGGACAUCUACUGUUCUCAGUGCUGUAAGAAAGUCAAUCUUCUCAACGACCUGGAGGCUCGACUUAGAAACCUCAAGGCCAACAGUCCUAACAGAAAGAUUUCCAGUACGGCGUUUGGACGCCAGCUGUUCCAGGCCAAUCACAGUGUGUUUGGCUGCAGYCAGGACAGCAGCACAGAGGACCUGUUCACAGACAGCAUCGACUCCUGUGACCUCGACAUCACUGAGAAGGUCAGUUAUCUGGAGAAAAAGGUGACGGAACUGGAAAGUGACAGCGUGGCCAACAGUGACCUGAAGUCUAAACUCAAACAGGAGAACACACACCUAGUUCACAGAGUGCACGAGCUGGAGGAGCAGGUGAAGGAUGCUGAGAYGAAGGCUGCAGAGAGCCUGGAGGAGGAGACCAAGAGACACCGGGAGGCGUACACCAAGCUGGACCGAGACAGGAACACAGAAAUCGACCUGCUCUGUAACAGGAUGCAGCAGUUAGAAGAGGAGAACGGAGAGAUGACGGUGAACGUGUGCAGACUCAAGUCUCAGUCAGAGAAACUGGACCAGGAGAAGCAGAAGAUGACGGACCAGCUGGAGGACACCAGUCUGAGGCUGAAGGAUGAGAUGGACCUGUACAGAACUAUAAUGGACAAGCUGUGGCACAACCGCCAUGAGUUCCAGAAGGAAAAAACCUCCAUGCAGGAGCUGAUUGAUGACCUCAGRCGGGAGGUGGACUAUCUGCAGCUGUUCAAGCUGGAAAUGGAGCAUCCUGGGAAAGGCAAGAGUCUGUCUGAGUUCAACGCCAAAACCAAGGAGAUGGAAAUGGAGCAUGAAGUCAGGAGACUGAAACAGGAGAACUACAAGCUGCGGGACCAGAACGAUGACCUGAACGCUCAGAUUCUCAGUCUGAGUCUGUACGAGGCCAAGAACCUGUUCUCCUGCCACACCAAGGCACAGUGCCUGGCCGCUGAGAUCGACAACGCUUCCAGAGACGAGCUGGUGGAUGCGCUGAAAGAGCAGGAGGAGAUCAACCUUCGCCUGAGGCAGUACAUGGACAAAAUAAUCCUGGCCAUUCUGGACCACAACCCCUCCAUCCUGGAGAUUAAGAAUUGAACAUUAGCACUCAGUCUUUGAUCUGUGUCGAUGUAAUCGUACUCGUCUGCCAUGAGUUCAUUGUUUGCCAAGAAGUCAACAGAUGAUGGAGGAUCGGUUUAGUGCUGCUGAGUAAAAUUAAGUAGUUUUAACUUCUGAUCCACAUCGUUCUGGACGGUGCACAAUCAUUUACUAUGCUGCUAAAAAUGCAGAAAAGGGUUAGUUGAUCUACUUUUAUCAGCCUGUGUUCACUUAUGUUAAUGCUUCAUUUUUCCGCUGAACUAUAAAAUCUGUUCUGUCUAA